ACGUGGCACCAGCCAGCUCUUCUGAGCCAUGGCGACGGUGGAAGAAGAGCUGAUGACUGUUCGGCAGCGUCUCAGAGACGGAGAGAACGUGUCCGACGCUCUACACACUCUCAACACUCUGCUAGCGGCUACCGGCUCCGGUGCACGCAUCCAGGAGUUUGCAUCGUUCCUCAGUCUCCAGCUGCUAUUCGAAACCCUCAGCACCGUGGCCUCCAGCAGCGAAGAGCUGCGGAGCCUCACGUGCCGGAUCCUGGGAAAGAUAUUCGCCUCCCUUCCGCCUGAGGAGGUGUGCAAACAGCGUCUCUACCUCGAGUUGGGGUUGCAACACGACAGGGAGGAGGUACGGCGACUCUGUUUGGACGCCAUAAGCGGACACCUGGGUGCGGCGGGGGUGAGGGAGAUGAUGGGGAGCCGGACCAUGUUCCACCUAGUGACCCAGAUUGUCGGAGAUGAUAGUCUUCACUGCGCCGGGCUAGCGUCUGAGUUGUUGCUGGCUGUCCUGGCCCACCCUGCCUCCCUCGACCCCGCCGUCAGAUCCGGACUCCUCAUAGACAUGGAAGGACUCGUUGCCAAGAGUGACACUGUUCGUUUCAGAGUCUACGACCUCGUCGUGAGGCUGUCCCUGAGUAACGACGAGUCGUUUGAAUUUGCAGUGUCGACACGCCUCCUCCAUCGUAUGCUCGAGGAACUGCAAUCUGACGAUGUUCUUGUUCAAAUGAACUCAGUUGAGCUGGUGCUGAGUCUCCUGGAUGGCAAGCAGGGGGCAAGCUUUCUUGAGAGACAAGGAGUUGUGGGAACAAUGCACGGUCUCCUACUCUCAGUACAAAACGACCCCCUGGGGUCUAUCAUUGUUCCUAGUAUCUUCAAAUUCUACGGACACAUUUCCUGCUCCAAUGCGGUCGAUUUCCCGGCAGUCACCCAGCGCUACCCGGAGUUCCUAGCGUCUGUCCUCACAGCCUGUCUGUCGCCGGAGGAUGAUACCCGGUGGGGCAUAGCUGUCGACACCCUAGGGUUUCUCGGGUCUACCCCACCCGGACGAGAAGCUCUGAAUUCCUCCGCUGAGAGGUCGCGAGAGGUCGUUCGGUCGCUUGGUGAAGUCAUUGCAAGGGGACGCUCCGACCUUCGCAUAAGAGCUCUUCACACAUUUUCCGUUAUCUUCUCCUGCCCCGAGGAUAGCUCUGAAGAGAUCAACAAGGAAGGUUGGAGUAGCGAGCAGUACUUUCACCACAUCCACCCAGACCUACCGUCGGUCAUCAUGUCGCUCCUGAAACAACCGUUUGAAGAUCUUCUCACUGCAGGUCUCGAAUUACUCCGCUCCCUGGCUAGUCACCACUGGGGUCAGAAGAUACUGAGUGGACAACCAGGGCUCCUGGAGUUCCUCCUAGACAGAAGACCCAGUCUUAGCAAGUCGGGGAAAGAGACAAAGUACGAGGUGGUGAGUGCACUUGUCAAUUCGAGCACGGCUGAAAAGUGCUUUGGAAGUCCGAAUUUCCUAAAGUUGAGAAAGUACUAUCGCGAGGGACCAUUUUUCGUGGUGGGAGAACAGGCAGUAGCUAUGGAGGAGUCAGCAGAAUAGAACUUUAUGUGUACACAUGUAAUGCCAACGUUAUUUAUAUGCACACAAUUAAUAAUAUGUAAAAAUUGUGGUAGAAAUGUGUAUGUGUGUGUGUAUCCUUGUUCUUGUACAUGAUGUAAUGCUUAACUAGGUUGCCCACAUGGUUGUCCGCUAAGCAUGUCUGGUGGUGAUGUAAUGCUUUCAGGGGGAAGUCCCUCGGUAAAGUCAUUAGGAUGGUUGUGAUUUUCAAUUUGGUAAGUUGUAGAAGGUGGCAGUAGGUCGUCUGCUGCUGGACCGUCCCGGCUUUGAAAGUUGGGCGGAGUCUGUCGCGGUGGGAUGUGCCUCUGGUGGUGAGGGGGCGGGGUCUGGGGAAUGGUGAAGGUGUGACUCUGAUAGUGAGGAGGAGGGGAAAAUCCCAUUGACUGCUGCGACUGGUAGCUAUGUGGCGAUUGAUGGGCGUGGUUUUGCCUGCGAUUCAUUUCCAGUCUCUGUUGGCAGUAGGCCUCUCUUUGAGCCUGCUGGGCAGGUGUUGGUUGAAACUGUAUCACCUGUUGCUGUGGCUGGCCGGCCACGCCGUGCCCAGCGCAGUGCGUUGGUCUCUGCGGGUGGGACGGGCGUGGAGACCCACUUGAUACUGGUGGUGGAUAGCCGCCUGGCUUUUGAGUCGGGUGCUGAUACUGCGUCUGUGUGUAGUAAGUGUGUGAUGGAGGUGGCUGAGUCAUUUGCUGGGCUCUCUGCAUCUCUUGCGUCUGUCGCUGGAGUUCCUGCUGUUGCUUCAUCUGUUGGACUGCAGGGUGUGUGUGAGAGUGAGAAUCAAGGGUAUCUGCAGGGUGUGUGUGGGAGUGAGAAUCAAGGGUAUAUAGCUACCGUACACAAAACCCCUUCUGUCCAAAAAGCUGCAUACCUGCACGUAAUUUGAUAAAACAGCAAGAGGAAGCUAGCUGAGUGUGUUGUGCGGGUACAGCUCAUACCUUUGAAUUCCCGUACUUUAUGCUUCAAGAUCUCCAACGUCUUCGUCAUGCUAGUCAGUAUGAAGAGUUGGGUCCUGUCCCGGCAUAGCGAGUUCUGAAACUCGUCGUACGCUACCGAGUCUUUCAGACUCAGCUUGUCCAGGAACACUUCGACCCUAGCAGAGCGCGAGGCGGGCGCGUUGAUCUCCUCCGCGUCCCUCUCCGUCAUGACAAACUUGGAGCGGAGGUAGGAGACGUGGUUGGCUGGGUCUAGGGAAUCGACCAGGAGCCGUCUCGAGCUGGUCAGGACGCUCCUCUUGAUGGCGUCCAGCUCUUCCUGUUCGAUACGCACCUCCACAGCACUCAUCCUUACCUCUUUAGUUUACUACUCUCUCUAGCCACUCGUGUCGUAGUGAAAAUUUACUCGCUGAUCUUCGGUAUGCAGCGCAGAUGUUUACAAGCCACGCCCUCGUUGUAUGCAUUCCGACCACGCCCAUAUCCUGUGCACUUUGUAGGAGCAGAAGAUCGACAGGCGAACGUAGAAUGGAGCAAGGAAAUCGCCUGAAGCGACUCUCCAACCCUGACCUGCGAUGCAGGAACAAGUGCGGGUUCUACGGGAACCCAAUCUACAUGGGCUUCUGCUCAAAGUGCUACAAGGAGCAGGUGAGAGAUGCCCCAGGGAGCCAGGCAACCCCGCUGGUGGCAGCCCAGGACACCACGCCAACCAAGUCAGCUGCCAGCCCAGGAGCAUUUGCAGCAUUCACCAAAUUCAACGUGAAAAAGAACGUCUUUGCCACAGCAAAAGGGAAAGGAAAGCUGUUUACAAAGGGUAAAGUCACAGCUGGAUUUGACCAGCCGAAAGAGAAAAAGAGUAAAAAGUCGAAGGUGUCCGACAACACUUUCAGUGAAUUUCUAAAGACGCUUCAGAAACCGGCGGCCAAGGACCUUGUCCAGCACCUGAAAUUCGACCAUAGAAUGUACUCUGAAAGCGUUGUCUGUUUGGCUGAUAGGUUUCACAAGCAGAUUACUGACAGAAACGACACUGCAACUGUGGAAGAACAGAGCGAAGCCGUUCAAGAGUUUUACACUUCGAUGAGCGAGCGACUGACGACACACACUCUGUUCAGAGACGUCGCCGAGGAGCAGCAGGAAGACAUGAUGGACGGCAUAGAGAAACAUCUCAUGACAAACAUUUUCCCAAUGUUAGCUACUCACACACACACACACUUCACCUCUCCCCUCGUCCCCCUCGUUCCCCUCUCUUCCUCUCUGACUCGCAGAGUAUACAGCCCUGACUCAUGCGACGACGCAAUGAGGGACCUCCUACUUGUGAGAAGGAUAAGAAUGCUCCACUGGCUGGAACCAACUCACCUCGACAUCCCUCUUAACCUGCACGACCUCCAGGUUCAAGAACACGUGAGUGCCAGCAGGCAGAGUCUCUGUGACAUGGACCAGAAGAAAGCCCCUCAAGACAAGCUCCUCUGCAUCUCCAGAUGCUGUCAGGAACUCCUGGCUGCGCUCAAGAUUUCCCGUGACGGGCCAGCCAGUGCGGAUGAGUUUGUACCGUCACUCAUCUUCCUCAUCAUCUACACCAGUCCACAGACCCUUUACUCCAACAUUAACUACAUCUCGCGUUUCAGCCACCCAAUGAGGAUCAUGAGCGGGGAAGUCGGUUACUACUUCACUAACUUGUGUGGAGCAGUGUCGUUCGUUGAGAACGUGAGGGCCAAGAACCUAAGGAUAGAGGAAGAAGAGUUCAACGUGAAGAUGGGGUUUGUGAACGGGAAGACUGACAUUGACCUGUUCCUGAUGGAGGGAGAGGUGGAGGAAGAGGAAGACCGCGAGAGAAUCAUGGUCCUCGAGUCAUGUACAGAGAGAAUGAAAGAGCUAAGUGGACAGCUGAAACAUAUGCUGGGAGAUAUCAAUGACCUCAGUCGAAAGGUCACUGAAUCGACUCGCGGCCUCACGGAGCAAGUGUCGACCAUUCUCAGCAUGCCUCCUCCCCGAGUGCUCCUCUAUCAGAGUCCCAGGGUGGGGCAGGAGGGCGGAGCCACGGGGUUACCGCCCGGGCGGAGCACUCUGCAGGCUCCGAAAAGGGAGCGUGGUCACGAGAGGAGAUGGAGUGGUGAUAAGAGGUCUGGUGACAGGAAAGGAUUCACUUCAACUCUUUAGUAAACAGACCGUCUCCCAUUAUUUUCAUUUUCCUUCUUGUGCUUCUCAAUGUAAAGUUUCUCCUGUACCCAUGAGCUUCAUGCAUGAGAAC